UACGACCAAUGACCACGGCCAUGCAAAUGUUCGCCCGACUCGCUUUGUCCCGGACGGUUUUAAUGUGAAGCUGCCAGAUUGAUCUCUCAGUUGCAGCACAGAGGAGCGAAAGAUAAAACAAGAGAAGUGUGUCAAGUCGCGCAGAUCACCGGGGUAACGAGCCCGCACCGGACCCCCCCCCCCCCCCCCAUCUCUCUCUCUCUGCUCUCAGCUGGAUCGGGGAUUUUUAUGCACAAAAUGACAUUUGAGGAACUAAAUGGAGAUUGCUCUCAGGAAAGAAUGGAUUCAGUGGCGACAGCUUUGGAAGAAGUCCUCACCUCUGCCCUGCCGCAGGGCUGCAUCACGGUCGGUGUGUACGAGGCUGCCAAGUCCCUCAAUGUAGACCCUGACAACGUGGUCCUGUGCAUCCUGGCCACCGAUGACGAGGACGUCAAAGACGUGGCCCUGCAGAUCCACUUCACCCUCAUUCAGGCUUUCUGCUGCGAGAAUGACAUCAACAUCCUCCGGGUGAACAACACCAGGCGCCUGGCGGAGAUACUGUGUGGAGCAGCGUCAGGAGGAGGAGGAGGAGGGAAGCAGAGUGCUGGGGAACCCCUGGACCUGCACUGUGUCCUGGUCACUAGCCCACACUCUACAUCGUGGAAGGACCCCGCCUUGAGCAAAGUGAACCGAUUCUGCAGAGAGAGCCGCUGCAUGGACCAGUGGGUGCCGAUCAUCAACCUGCCCGAGCGAUGAACUUUGACCUGCGGGAACCUGUGAGAGGACAUUUACUGAACCAGCACAGGAAACGUGAUGUGAGCCCUGAUGGACGUAGAACCGCCCCGGAGAUCAAAUCCCAGAGCACUGCUGAUGGGGAGAGAACAUUCUGCCGUCUUCAUGGGAUGUAUUUAAAAAGAGCAGGUGGAUGGAGUUCCACCUUUGGACAGGAGGACUGUUUGGAGUUCCGUCUGUCAGCCUUUGCGACUGAGAUGAGAUGGCGAGACAAGAAAGCAUGUGUGCUUUUCAAUGUGAGCCGGACACUGUACAGAAGGAUUAUAUCAUGUAUUUGUUUGGUGAAGCCUCGGUGACGCGUCAGAGACGUUGGGAGAAACCAGAACAUGGAGCUGUCGAGUGGACCAAGGCCUCGGCCUCUCUCCCCAGAAACAAAGCACUUGUUGAAACACUGGACCUUUUGCAAUUUCACUUAUUUGAUUUCAAUUGUUCAUGUUGAUGUGGCUAUUGUCGUAAUUUAAAAAGGGAAGGGCUACACAUCCAGUGAAGACAUUCUGUGUUUCCUAUGCCAGAUGUUGUUGUUUUUUUUGCCACAAUUAAAAUAGUUCUUUUGUUACAACUCUAAGUUAUUUCUAAUGAUAUUUAAGUGUAUUUAUGUUUAUUUUUUUUUUUACCUGAACUAUUUACAAAAUCUGAAUACAACACAGACACACAUAUGUAUUGCUGUCAAUAAAAAGUAUUUUUUGAGCCAGAA